CUGGGAUUGAUUAUGAUCUCCACAUCCAUCUACAUUGUGUCGUACUUCGACAAGUACAGGAGUUUCGCCACAGGAAUUCAGUACCUAGGAAUUUCACUGUCCGGCAUCAUCGGUCCAUCUGUCCUAUCCAAAAUAGCCGCCACGUAUGGACUAGAAGGCACAAUGCUUUUGGCUGGUGGCGUGACAUUGAAUCUUCUUCCCCUGACGCUGUUACUUAGACAUCCAAGACCCGUUGAGUUGCGUUGUUGGAGACGGUGGAAGAAAAAUUGUGACAUCAAAGCUACUGCGGCCAGUGCAUGCGUGGAACACGUCGACGAAACACUUUUGCACGGUGCUGCUGAUCCUCACAUUGGUAGCAUACAGCUUGAAGACGAAGAUAACAAGGAAGUAAUGACGACAAUCACAACGACUGUAGCUCAAGAUUCUCAAUAUGGGCAAGAAGUGCAUUGCUCGCAGGUUUCGUAUGCUCCAGAAGACCGCAAAGACAAAUUUGGUGUGAUAUCGCAAGUGUUGCACGUCCUGCGUAUGCCGACGUUCUAUAUAAUAUUAGUGCCCGUCAUCGCUGCGGAUAUCACGCUUCCUAUGCUUGCUUUCACGAUUGUGGACUACGCCUUAGACAAAGGAGUGCCGCUGGACUUCGCCGCAACCCUCGUGAGCUGUCAGUGCGCAGGCGGCUUUUGUGGACGCCUGGUGAUACCCCUAUUAUCAGACAGGUCGCCGCGCGGACGGUGUGUGAUCGGCUCCUGCAGUUUCGUGUUAAUCUCAUUGUGUUUCCUACUGAUGCCGCAUGUCACCAACUUUGCUGCCGUAGGCGCAGUCGUUUUCAUUGCUGGAGCCCAGCAAGGUUAUCUGGCAACUAUCAAAACAGUGCUUGUCGCAGACUACCUGGGCGUUCAGAAGGUGGCAGUGUGUUGGGGUAUCAUGGGCUUGCUGUCAAUGCCCCUGACAUUUUGCGAGCCCUAUAUUAUAGGUGCAUUCCGGGACACGCAGGGCUCGUACGACAAUCUGUACAGGCUGUGUGGGGGAGUGGAUUUGGUGGCCGCGCUUCUGCUUUCUGUGCAGAUAUUUCGCGACUCAAGAAAACGAAGAAAUAAGGAACCUCCUGAAUAAGGCACUCACCACAAAUGAAUGCUAAGCAGAAGCCUUUCUUUAGGCAAUCGGAAAGUGAAUCCGGGGAGGAGCACCAAAGUCGAGCGGAUCAAUCCAAAGCAACACUGCCUGCCCCUCAGAGCAGCUUGUUUGAUAAACUCAUCUAAAGACUGACUCAGCGUCAUUGUUCUUCCAGCCUGUCUUCAAAUAAAGUUAUUCGCAUUUGAGUCCCCGGA